AUGGGAUCGUCUUCUCGUCCGUUUACGAAGACAGAACCUACUGUGCGCCAGGGGCGUAGCCCGCUGCAGUUCCCAGUGGCGAAGGGGCCUCGUAUUCAUCUCCGGCAACAUGGUCGGAACACCCAGUUGGCGGCGAAAUAUGUUGCGCCUGACUCUCGUCCGGGUGGGUCUGGCCAGCCUAAGAAGGAGAAGAAAAGAGGAAGCAGACCUACCAUUGCGAAGCCGAUGCUGUUGGAUGUAUCACACGGAGACAGAUUGAAGGCGAGUCCGCAGCCUGCUUGGCGGGAAUCCCGGACGCUGGCUUCCCCGACUCUGAGUCAAGCCCAGGAACAUUCUCGUCGUCGAAGGCUCAUUCUCGAGCAGGAUUCCGAGGACGAAUUUGUUGUACAGCCGGUUCCCGUGAAGCCUCCAAAAUCCCUAUCUAAGUCAGGCUCUCGGGCUAAAAAAAUGGGAAAACAUAAAUCCAAGGCACAGGGGGAUGGGGCGCCGCGAGGUGUGGAUCGGGCGGCUCGGCAGCCUGUUGAAACCGCUCGGGGGGAUCGGAAUACUACUGCUGGUCCGCCUAGGCGUGGUCGCAGGCUGACCAAAAAGGUCCCCGCAACGGCAGAAGCGCAGAAGGAGCUGGGCAAUCCUUGUGAUGCUGAGAUGGGUGUUGCUCCGAUGGAAGAGGGUACUUCGCUAGACCCUAAUGCCGAUGUCCCCAUCCCAGGGAAUAUGGAAUCGGAGGAGGACUUCUCUGACGCGGAUUACCACUCCUUUGAAAUCAAACGGCGUGAACUUGGUGUGCAUCCUGAGACAGAGGAGAGCCAAGCUGGCCAUGUCCAGAAGGUGGUUCAGGCCUUUGAGAGUGGGGUGGCUGUGCCUAUGUCCCCGACCAAAACCUGGGUGCGUCGCCCUCGGGCCAUGGAGAAGCCGCCGCAGCAGCAGGAGACAAGUGAGAAGGAGGAUGGUCAGCUGGGCCUCAAUGUCUAUGGUUCCAAUUUGAGUAGUAACACCAUUGGGGGUCUCAAGCGCUCUUUGGAUAAUAUUGGUGGGGUGAAUGCUGAUUCCCCAACGCCAAAGAAGCAGUUUGUAGAGGAAAUUGAUGAUAUGGAAAAGGUGGAGGAAGCCAGCCUUAAAUGGCCCCAGUCGAAUAAAUGA